AUGAAGCCAAUUGCUAUCACGAACACCUUGAUCAAUGGAAGCCGGAUUGCCUACGGAGUUUACGGAGACGGUGAGCCAGUUGUUCUGCUACAUGGCACACCUUCGUCUUCUCUCAUCUGGCGCGACGUAAUUCCAGCGUUAGUUACGGCUGGUUACCGAGUCCACAUCUUUGAUCUGCUUGGAUAUGGGGUCUCCGAGCGCCCUUGGGAUCCAUCGAUCGAUACAUCGAUUUCCGGCCAGGUGAUAAUCUUAGAAGGCCUUUUGCAGCAUUGGAACCUCAACAGCACCCAUCUUGUGGCACACGACAUUGGUGGCGGUAUUGCGCAACGCUUUGCCAUCUCUUCACCGUGGCGCAUACGAACGUUGACCCUCAUUGAUGUUGUGAGUUUUGACAGCUAUCCCUCAAAACGGACGAAACAACAAAUGCGUGAAGGCCUUGAUAUCAUGAUCAAGGCAUCAGAGGAUAGUCAUAGGAGUCAUUUUGAAAAGUGGCUGUUAUCCGCAGUCCAGAACCAACAAAAACUAGCCGACAGCAGCCUAAAGACGUUUUUGGACUAUAUAUCUGGGCCCGUGGGACAGGCUAGUUUUUUCCAGCAUCAAGUUCGCCAUUAUGACCCAAAGCACACAAUGGAGGUCGCUGAGCGUCUUCCGGAAUUAGCUGGUCUUCCAGUCUACCUUAUUUGGGGUGCCAAUGAUGCUUGGCAGGUCUUGGACUGGGCAUAUCGGUUGAACCAGACUAUUCCUGGCUCAAAGCUGGACAUUGUAAACGACUGCGGCCAUUUCUCUCUGGAGGACAAACCAGAAGAAAUCUCAGUGUUGGUUACAGGAUUCUUGAAACAACACUCACAUGAUUCUGGGGGAAGAGCCUAA